UAAAUGGCCGUGACGACCUUUCCGAUGGUCGAGACCUGCCCCUCCAUUGGCCGGGAAAAGCAAGCAGUGGUGGCUGACAUGGACGGAACCCUGCUGCGAGGCCGCAGCUCGUUCCCGUACUUCGCCCUAAUCGCCUUCGAGGCCGGCGGCAUUCUCCGGCUGCUGUUCCUGCUGCUCGCCUCUCCACUGGCCGGAAUGCUCUACUACUUCGUAUCGGAGUCGGCCGGCAUCCAAGUCCUCAUCUUCGCGACAUUCGCGGGCUUGAAGCUGUCAAACAUCGAGUCGGUGGGGCGGGCUGUGCUGCCGAAGUUCUACUCCGAGGACCUGCACCCGGAGACAUGGCGGGUGUUCUCGUCGUGCGGGAAGCGCUGCGUUCUGACGGCGAAUCCGAGGAUAAUGGUGGAGGCGUUUCUGAAGGAGUUUCUGGGAGUGGACAUGGUUUUGGGGACGGAGGUAGGGAGCUAUAAGGGAAGAGCGACUGGUUUUGUGAAGAAGCCUGGAGUGUUGGUGGGGGAGAGGAAGGCUGAUGCUCUGCGCAAGGCAUUCGGCGAUGUGCAGCCUGAGAUUGGGCUUGGAGACAGGCACACUGAUUUUGCCUUCAUGGCUUCGUGCAAGGAAGGCUACGUUGUGCCACCAAAGCCAGAAGUUGAAGCUGUAUCGACUGAGAAGCUGCCAAAGCCUAUCAUCUUCCACGAUGGCCGCCUCGUCCAGAAGCCAACUCCUCUCUUGGCUCUGCUCACAAUCCUUUGGAUUCCCAUAGGCUUCCUCCUCGCCUGUUUAAGGAUCGCCGCCGGUGCCCUCCUCCCCAUGCCCCUCGUCUACUACGCCUUCUGGGCACUCGGCGUCCGUGUCUACGUCAAGGGCCACCCCCCGCCGCCAGUCAACAAGUCAUCCGGCCAGUCCGGCGUCCUCUUCAUCUGCUCUCACAGGACCCUCCUCGACCCCAUUUUCCUCUCCACAGCCCUCGGCCGCCCUAUCCCUGCCGUCACCUACUCCGUUUCACGACUUUCCGAGAUCAUCUCCCCCAUCAAAACCGUCAGGCUCACCAGGGACCGUGCCAUCGAUGCCUCGAAGAUCAAGAAGCUACUGCAAGAAGGCGACCUAGCCAUCUGCCCGGAAGGAACCACCUGCCGGGAGCCAUUUCUUCUCCGGUUCUCAGCCAUGUUUGCGGAGCUAACCAACGAGCUGGUGCCAGUGGCAAUGGUGAACCGAAUGAGCAUGUUUCAUGGAACAACGGCCAGAGGCUGGAAGGGGAUGGACCCGUUCUUCUUUUUCAUGAACCCUAGCCCUGCAUAUGAAGUAACCUUCUUAAACAAGCUGCCUCUAGAACUAACAUGCAGCUCCGGCAAGUCAAGCCAUGAAGUGGCAAACUAUAUACAAAGGGUCAUUGCUGCAACUUUGUCGUAUGAGUGCACCACAUUCACUAGGAAAGAUAAGUACAAGGCGCUGGCUGGGAACGAUGGCACGGUGGUGGAGAAGCCUAAACUCAAACCUAGCAAAGUGAUGGGAUGUUGAGUGUAGUAAUGCGUGACCAAUUGAUUUUAGUUCCCAGAAUGUUGUGUGGGUACUUGCUGCAGUCGAGGGAGAAGGAUGUUUAUGUUUCUCCUUCAAUGUUUAUAAGUUCCAUAUGUGCACCAGCUAACAGCCGGUUGAAACGAGC